CGCCAUUCUCUCUUUUGCGUAAGGUUGAAAAUGGCAAGUGACAGAGUUCUAGAGGGCCCUACAAUUGCAUUGUGCGGUGACCUGCAGACUCUAGUGGCCGUAGCUACUCGAGCUGCAGAGGAAGACCAGUCUGAUGACUCUGCGCGGCCGCCGAAGAAGAAGCGUGUAUACAAGAAGCGCAAGUCGACGCACACAGUGAGGAAAGAAGAGAGGCUGGCGCUGGAGACGGAGAUACAGGAGCUCCAGUCCAAGCUGGACACACUCAAACUUCGAGUAUUGAUCCAGAAUGGCGAAGAAGAUGCUUCACUUAACAAGCAAACGAUGCACAAUUCCGCCCUGCGAGAUGCUGUACUGGAACAUCAAUUAGUGGCAGCUAAGGCGCAGGCAAUGCUCACUAACUGUACACAACAUCAGUCGUACAAAAUUCGUCCGACCGAGUCGUACAUUUAUUUACCGACAAAUCAAACUCAUCGAUGCAAGACGCUACGAAACCUACGACCAUCGAAACUCCAGUACGCAAGGCAGUUCAUUCAACAGCGCAGUGUAGGACUCCACCCCACUGCAGAAUAUUUUAACGAAGAGCGAUACGAGACACCGGAGGGAGAUUUCUGCAACGUACGCUUCGACCGGACGUGUCUACACGGCGUCAGAGGAGGUGUACGCGCCGUUUUUGAAGCUCUUAAGCUAGCAAUCUUCAACGCCGAGAUCGUUCUAUCCGAAGCCUCGGGCAAUAUCACAGUCCGUGAAGACGACAAUAUGGACGACAUCGACGAUUUCUCCCAGAUGAGCCUGGUAACCCAGUCCACACUUGGUUUACUAGUUGAGAACAAUCUCGUCCACUUCUCAGAGCUCGUUUUUGGUGAUAAGGACAGCGAUACGUACGCUGUUGCAGCGGUAGACUACGUCGAUAAAGACGAUCGAUUCCCGUAUCGCCCAACGGAAUGUAUCCGACGUGACGCAGUAUCAACCGUGCUACUGACGUCUUGUAAAGACAAGAGGAAGGAGAUUGACGUUGAUGAUCUUUGCGGACACACGUCAUCUGAAGAGGAAAGUAACGACAGUGUGGUCGUCCUGACUCGCUGGACAUUCACUCGUAUCUGUCGUACAGAUUUCUAUGCACCCACGCAAACACUUCGAGACAUGCGUGAUCGAUCAGGUCAAGUCGCCGAUACGAUCCUAAGCUGCGUCCGGGAGACACUUAAUCUACCAACCACCACGUAA